ACAAUAAAGCCUUAAUGAUUCACCGUGAUGCAAGGAUCAGCGAUGCAUUGGCCAAUCUUGAAGAGUUUAUGGAAAACUCCAGAGUAGUUCCAGCUGAACAUCCUACAGCCUUGCUCAUGUCUCUUUAUAAUGAUUUGCGGACACAAUCCUUCCAUACUGAAUCCGAAAAUCCCAAACUGCUCAAACUUGAGGAAAUACUCAUUAGAGUACUUUGCAAUGACCAAAAUGCCAGAGGAAUUAUAUUUGUUCGGACACGGGAAUUGGUCCAAGCAAUGGUUAGAUGGGUGAAUGAAUCGGAUAGUUUGAACGUUCUAAAUGCUUCCGGGUUCGUCGGACAAAGUGCAUCCGCUUCAGUUGGAGGGAUGACAAAGUGUGGACAGAAAAAUGUGUUGCAGUUCUUUAAGAAUGGACAUCAUCGACUUUUAAUUGCGACGUCUGUAGCUGAAGAAGGUCUUGACAUUUCUAAAUGCAACCUAGUGAUUCGUUACGAACAUGUUACGAAUGAAAUCGUUAGACUUCAAUCAAGAGGGCGGGCGAGAGCGGAAAAUAGCUUGUACUAUGUUAUCGCCGAGAAAGGGUCUUGGAUUCUGGAAAAAGAAGAAAAGAAUCGUCAAUGUGAGGAACUGAUGAAUCAGAUUGUUCCACAUCUUCAAGUGUUUAUUGAAGAUCAUUUAAACAUAUGGGAGAAAGAGCUCUUAGAUAUUCAAGAAAAAAUGAAACAAGCGGAACAAAGGGACGCAGAAGAAAGAAAAAUGUACAUGGCAGCUUCAGGUGCCCGCUUUGAGUGUGUAAAUUGCAGUUCCUUUAUUUGCUUGUCAGACGACAUCAGGGUCAUAAAAGGAGCACAUCAUGUUAUCAUUGAUGAAGAAGCAAAACGAUGCGUUACUCUCAAGAAGGGAGGUCCUAUCUUUACUGAACCGGAAGGCGCCCAAUAUGGAGGGGCCGUGUAUUGCGCAAACGAGGAAUGCCAACGGGAACUCGGAUCGGUUUGCACUUAUAAAUACUCUGAUUUCCCAUUGGUAGCUCUACAGAAUUUCAGAGUUGUUGAUAGAUUUGGACAAGGCCACACGUUUAAGAAAUGGAAACAGGUCAAUUGCAGAAUCGAGGAAUUUACAUUUGAAGACUUGGAGGCCGUUGUUGCCGAAAGACUUGUCAAAGUGCAGUUUGGUGGUCGUCCUUUGGAAGAACUGAUUAAUUUCAGGGCGGUUGAUUUGGUUGGACAAUGUGGCGCGUUAAAAGGAAUAUAAGCAGGUUAAUUGAAGGAUUAAGGAAUUGGCGGCUGUUUUUGCCGAAAUUAUGACCCGAAUGCUAGUGAUGUCGUUUGACGAUGACAUUUAGACGACCUGUUGUUUAAUUUAUGUGUGCGUUUAGUUCUUUGCCUUAAACACUGAUUUUAUAGACAUUUUAUAAAACAGUAUUUUUCCAACACCGAUCCAUUAUCAUUUUUGUGUUGAAUUUAUAUCUGUAAGAUUAAGACGUUGUUACACAUAUUUAUGCUGAACAUUGUGAUACGUUACGCAUUCUUACCUUAUAAAUAGAGUAAAAUAAAGUAUAAUAAUUUGGCGAUUGUGUUGAAAAUCAACUUAUUGUCCCUCAAUGCGCCUUCUUUUUAUGGUAACGUUUUGUCCAAAAAAGAUAAUAUUCAUAUGUUAUCUGCAUCAAUAUGUUGUGCUAUGCCAAUAUACCAGUUAUUUGUAAUUCCUGUGUUUAAAUGAGUCAAGUCUGCGAUUUUUUAAUGUAUAUCUCAUUUGGUAAUUGUUUUGAUAAUAAGACUGUACAUAUCAAGUAUUGUUUGUUGUGCUGUUAGAAUUGCAAUGUGCACAAUGCUUCGCUAAUCCAUAAGUCUAACGUACAUUUGUAUAUUCUUUUAAAUUAUGUACAUGC